AUGUCCCCUAGCCGGGAUGCAUUUUCUGAUUCAGAUGCCCUUUGUUCCCUGGACCUGGAUGAUACCCACUACGCCAAUAGCCCUUCUUUCUGCCCCAAGGACAAUUUCAGUGGGAAUGAGCUCCCCCCCUCCAACUCCUCCACCUUUGAAGCAGAUGACAGCAACUAUCUCAGUGAUGCCGCUAACUACUCUCUCCACAAAGCAGCAGAAGACAACAGUGACUACCCAGAUGCUGUAGACACUGGGGAGGCUGAGGACGCAGAUGAAGAUAGAGAGGAGCUCUGGAUUGCUGACCAGGUCCCUGACUUCGACGUGUUUUACAACUUACUUCAGGACCGUGGUACCUUCCAUAAAAAGGAUAUGAUUCACAGCCAGCAGAACUCAGACUUGGAUAAGUUACUUCUAUCCUUGCUGGAGGAUGAACCUGCUCCAACCCAGAACAGUUUCUCAGCUCUCCCGGCUUCAGCUUUUACCACUUCUUCUACUCAACAUCUACAUUCUUAUUUUGCCACCUCAAACUCUGAUCCUGGCUCUAGGAAGCGCCGUCAUUCCCAGGUGAAUCACAAGGAGCAUAUCCCAAGGCAAAGACACAGUGCUGUCAAUACCCAUGCUGAUCCGGUUGAACCUAGACCAGAUUGUAACCGUAAUGGAGGCUCAGCUUCAAGAAAGAGGCUGCGGGUUGAUUCACAGGCAGAUAGGCAGGAUGUAGAAGAGGAGGAGGAAGAGGAGGCACCAGAUGGAACCCAAUAUCUUUACGAGGCUAGCCAAACACCCCAUGCUCCACCUAAAGAAGUGACUGAUGUAGCUUUGGCCUGGAUGUUACAUUUGACUGGGGUUGUCAGAUGGGGAAGCGAUAAGUGGGCCGAAGACAUUAGGAGUUUGGUAGCUGCUGUGGACUGGGAGGAAGCUUUUGAGGCCCUGAGUAGUGACUCUCUGCUUCAUCUCACUCAAAGGUGUAGACACACUGAAAAAGUCAAUACUGGCUCUACUUUCAUUCAAAUGAUGUACGAGCUUUUCUUUGCGGCAAAGGUAAACAGGUAA